AUGGUGCCCCGUAAAACACGAACAAAGCUUAAUGCACGGGUCAAUUUGUCAACCAUCAAAGGGCGAGAGACCUCAUUUGAGCCGUUUAUGAUGAAUGGGAUUUUAAUGAAAUGGCCCCACAGCGAAACUCUAACACCAGAAGAGAUGGCGGCUGAUGGUUUUUACUAUGAUCCGACUUAUAGCCAUCAGGAUGGCGUGACGUGUUUUUAUUGCAAGAAAAAGGAACAUGAUUGGAUGGGAUUACUUGAUCAACAAUUAGAUAUGGAUGAUGGAAUACAAAGAAAGCCUCCUAUAAUACGUCAUCUAGAGAGUUCUCCGAACUGUCCCAACGCAAGAUUGCUUGGUGCCAGAUUUGAAUGCGAACAUACGACAGAUUUUCACUGGGAGCGGGAUGAUUUGUUCCAAGAUCCAAUGAAUUCUGCAGAAAUAAGAAUUAAAACGUUCAUAGGCUGGCCCUAUAAGAAAAAGAAGGGAUUUCCCGGUGCCGAAGAAUUGGCUGCGAACGGAUUCUACUAUUUGGGAUACGAUAAGGGAGAUGAUGCAGUGACGUGCUUAUACUGUGGUGUGAGUUUGGAAGGAUGGGAAGAGGGAGAUAGCGUGAUAGAAGAACAUAAAGCGAGAUGUUUGGGGUGUUAUGUUUUCCACUAUAAAGAAAAAAAGGAGGCAAGCGACUGCAGGAAUAGUUCUCUGUAUAGGAUGUCAUUGAGGAGCAAGAAACGAGAGAUUGUUGGUCCAGAAAUAGAUCUACAGGAUGAUAUGCCUGAUAUGGAUGUGAACAACAAGCCUUCCUACGCAAAUGAUACCUCUCGUCCAUUAAAAGUUGAUGAACAUGGUCUUGCGUAUGAAGAAAUUCCUGAUGAGGGAUAUCUUGACGAAUCAGACGACAGAAAUAUUCUUCCCAGCGAGCCUGUCAAUAUUCCUGCCUCUUCUCUCAAUGAGCUCAGCGAUUUCUACAUUGAGCCAUCUGUAAGUGGACCCUCCACUUUCUUUCACCGAUCCAGGGAUAAUACAAGUACUCUAAAGGAAAGUAAAGGAGUUGAGAUUCCCAAGGAACUUGAGGAGGUGGAAGAAAGUGCUGCUCCGGAGGCUAUAGAAGAGCCGAUGGAUGACAUUACUGACUACAAUGAUUAUGGCGACGCGAAUGUUAACGAGGAGAAGCAGCUGGUAUUGAGAAAGCCGGACUCAACUCGUGAUCUAGUUGAAGCCAUUAAGGAAGAAGUUCGGCAGGAAGUUAUAAAGCAAAUGAUAGCGAUACAUGGACGAGAGGCAGAGUCUGAUGGAGACAAGAAGAAGAAGCAUAAGCAUAAGCGUAAGCACAAGGAGAAGAAGGAAAAGGAGAAGAAGCAUAAAAAGAGAAAGAAGGGGAGAAAAGGAGGAGAGAAGGAGGCUGCAGUGACGAUUAAGGAGAUACCGAAGGAAAAGCUUGAUAACGACACUCCCCAGGAGAAAGUUUUAGCUCCUUUGAGAACACCUAUUGUUUUGGAGAGGUCGAGUGGAAAUCUUCAAGAGCAGCCUUCCAAAAAGUCAAUUAAAGUAAAGGAGGAGAAGUUAGAGUCACCUGCAGCUAGUCCUGCAGUUGCUUUUCCUCCUAUUUACAUCAAAAGAGAGACAUCUCCGGCAGUUGAUGAUUCAUCGAGCUCCAUUUUGCCGGUAAAGCGGCACUUCGAGAAUGAUUCAAUGUUAAGAAUGCAUAGACAGGCUAGAAAGAUGAAUGAUGGAUCUGUAAUUCCAUCCGAUGAUCCUCUUUCUUUUACCAGCGAGAAAAUAAAUCACCUAAAGGUGAAGAAGAGACAGCUAAAGGAGACUGAUAUCAAAAUGAACGAGGAGCAGAAGACGGAACAGCCAUUGCAAGACAAUGAACCGAUUGAGGAGCAGACGACAGAACAGCCAUUGCAAGACAAUGAACAGAUCGAGGAGCAGAAGACGGAACAGGCAUUGCAAGACAAUGAACAGAUGAAGGAAGCUCUGCAGAAGGUGCAGACAUUGACGGACGUGGACUCAGACAUUCUACUUGAAAACGUGCCACCCUCAGACGAAUUCGGUGAUGCCAAACUAAGAUCUUCGCCUGUAGCAACACCGAAGGCAGUUAAUACUUUCGAUGAUUAUGUGAGCACUGUUGUGGAUGAAGUCGAUGAACAUAGUGAUAACGCAGACGAACUGUUGGCAGAAUUGACCAAAAAUCAAAGUACUCCAUAUGGUAAAGGGACAAAGAAACGGUCUAGUUUGUCACCACGGACACGACCUUCUAUGGAUUUGAAGAAGAAGUUGAAGAUGAGUAUGGGAGAAUUUGAGGAGAAGAAAAGCGAGGGAGAGAAGCCAGAUGCUGCGUCUUCCUCUGUGUCUCAUUCGUCGUCUCCAUCCACCGCUGCCACAUCUACGACAAGUUCCUGGGAGCCAAUUAAUAUAAAGGAUACCCCAAAGUACUGUCAGGAUCUAGAAGAAGCGGCAGUGUGUCUAAAGCAGCUACUGAGUUCUGAAUACAGAGUUCUCAGUGAGGAUAUGGAUGGAGGAUUGACGGAUUUUAUAGGUGAAAUGCCACCGGAAGAGUUAGGAAUGACUAUAAAAGAGUGGUUAGAGCAUCGUGCGGAACAGGCAGCGAUAGUUAUUAGGCAGAAAACUGCAGAGAUGAAGAAGCAGUUUGAAGCUGACGCUUUAAGAGCAUUGCAAGUACUAGAAAAGAUGCCGUGCGACGAUUAA